AUGUCUCCUCUGAAGCUAUAUGGUCCUAUCAGAAUUCGAAGUAUGCAGACUGGGAUUACAAAAUGGAAAGAAGGAUCCUUUGAAAUUGUGGAAAAAGAUAAUAAAGUCAGCCUAGUCGUUCACUACAACACUGGAGGAAUUCCAAGGAUAUUUCAGCUAAGUCAUAACAUUAAAAAUGUGGUGCUUCGACCCAGUGGAGCAAAACAAAGCCGCCUAAUGUUAACACUACAAGAUAACAGCUUCUUGUCUAUUGACAAAGUACCAAGUAAGGAUGCGGAGGAAAUGCGGCUGUUUCUGGAUGCAGUCCAUCAGAACAGACUCAAUGCAGCCAUGAAGCCUUCUCAGGGGUCUGGUAAUUUUGGAGCUAUUCUGGGCAGUAGGACCUCACAGAAGGAAACCAACAGGCAGCUAUCUUACUCAGACAAUCAGGCCUCUUCAAAAAGAGGAAGCUUGGAAACUAAAGAUGAUAGUCCAUUUCGAAAAGUUCUUGGUACUCCAGGUAGAGGAUCGAUGAAGACUGCAGCAGGAAAUGGAAUAACUGUCACCCGAACGAUUCCGUCUUUGACAUCUACAUCAACGCCUCUUAGAUCAGGGUUAUUAGAAAAUAGAACUGAAAAGAGGAAAAGAAUGCUGUCUGGCUCGGAGUUGAAUGAAGAUUACCCUAAGGAAAAUGAUUCAUCAUCGAACAACAAAGCUAUGACAGAUCCCUCAAGAAAGUAUUUAACCAGCAGUAGAGAGAAGCAGCUGAGUUUGAAACAGUCAGAAGAGAAUAGAACAUCAGGACUUUCACCUUUGCAGUCAUCGGCCUUUUAUGGUAGCAGAUCUGGAUCCAAAGAUUACUCUUCUGGCAAUACUAAUCUAGACAGGACUAACAUUUCAAGCCAAACUCCCUCUGCCAAAAGAAGUUUGGGAUUUCUUCCGCAGCCAGCUCCUCUUUCUGUUAAAAAAUUGAGGUGUAAUCAGGAUUAUACUGGCUGGAACAAACCAAGAGUGCCCCUUUCCUCUCACCAACAGCAACUGCAGGGCUUCUCCAACUUGGGAAAUACUUGCUAUAUGAAUGCUAUUUUACAGUCCCUAUUUUCACUCCAGUCAUUUGCAAAUGAUCUGCUUAAGCAAGGUAUCCCAUGGAAGAAAAUUCCACAUAAUGCCCUUAUCAGACGCUUUGCACACUUGCUUGUAAAAAAAGAUAGCUGUAAUUCAGAGACCAAAAAGGAUUUACUCAAGAAGGUUAAAAAUGCCAUUUCUGCUACAGCAGAGAGAUUCUCUGGUUAUAUGCAGAAUGAUGCUCAUGAAUUUCUUAGUCAGUGCUUAGACCAGCUAAAAGAGGAUAUGGAAAAAUUAAAUAAAACUUGGAAGACUGAACCUGUUCCUGGAGAAGAAAAUUCACCAGAUAUUUCAGCCACUAGAAUAUACACUUGCCCUGUUAUUACUAAUUUGGAGUUUGAGGUUCAACACUCCAUUAUCUGUAAAGCUUGUGGAGAGAUUAUUCCCAAAAGAGAACAGUUUAAUGACCUGUCCAUCGACCUUCCUCGAAGGAAAAAGCCACUCCCUCUGCGUUCAGUUCAAGAUUCUCUGGAUCUUUUCUUUAGGGCAGAAGAAAUCGAGUAUUCCUGUGAGAAGUGUAGUGGGAAGUGUGCUCUUGUCAGGCACAAAUUUAACAGGCUACCCAGGAUCCUCAUUCUUCAUUUGAAGCGAUAUAGCUUCAAUAUUACUCUCUCACUUAACAACAAGAUUGGGCAGCAAGUCAUCAUUCCAAGAUACCUGACACUGUCGUCUCAUUGCACUGAAAAUACAAAACCACCCUUCACUCUCGGCUGGAGCGCGCAUAUGGCAAUUUCUAGACCAUUGAAAGCCUCUCAAAUGGUGAAUUCCUGCAUCACCAGUCCUUCUACACCUUCAAAGAAUUUCCCCUUCAAAUUCAAGAGCUCAUUGGCUUUGAGCCUUGAUUCAGACAGUGAAGAUGAACUAAAGCGCUCGGUGGCCCUUAGCCAGAGAUUCUGUGAAAUGUCCUGUGAACAACAGCAGGAAGAUCUGGAAAAGGAUUCAAAAUCAUGCAAAAUAGAGCCUGAUAAGUCUGAAUUGGAAAACUCAGGAUUUGAUGGAAUGAGUGAAGAAGAGCUUUUAGCAGCUGUUUUAGAGAUAAGUAAGAGAGAAGCUUCACCAUCCCUGAGUCAUGAAGAUGAUGAUAAACCAACCAGCAGCCCAGAUACUGGAUUUGCAGAGGAUGAUAUUCAAGAAAUGCCUGAAAAUCCAGACCCUAUGGAAACUGAGAAACCCAAAACAGUCACAGAACCAGAUCCAGCCAGUUUUACUGAGAUAACUAAAGACUGUGAUGAGAAUAAAGAAAACAAAACCCCAGAAGGACCUCAAGGAGAGGUUGAUUGGCUUCAGCAGUAUGAUGUGGACCGUGAAAGGGAAGAGCAAGAGCUUCAGCAGGCCUUGGCUCAGAGCCUCCAGGAGCAAGAGGCUUGGGAACAGAAAGAAGAUGAUGACCUCAAAAGAGCUACAGAGUUAAGUCUUCAAGAGUUUAACAACUCCUUUCUGGACUCACUGGGCUCUGAUGAAGACUCUGGGAAUGAGGAUGUGUUAGACAUGGAGUACACAGAAGCUGAGGCUGAGGAGCUGAAGAGAAAUGCUGAGACAGGAUAUCUUCCUCACUCCUAUCGGCUCAUCAGUGUUGUCAGUCACAUUGGUAGCACUUCUUCUUCAGGUCAUUACAUUAGUGAUGUGUAUGACAUUAAGAAGCAGGCGUGGUUUACUUACAAUGACCUAGAGGUAUCUAAAAUCCAAGAGGCUUCUGUGCAGAGUGAUCGGGAUCGGAGUGGUUACAUCUUCUUCUAUAUGCACAAGGAGGUCUUUGAUGAGCUGCUGGAAACAGAAAAGAACUCUCAGGCAUUCAGCAUGGAAGUGGGGAAGACUCGCCAGGCCUCGUGA